AUGGGUCGCCGCACUCUCGCCGCCGUCAUAAAACGGCUGCGCCCGUCAGCUGCAGGCUCCGUGGCGACCGCCGCCAACGGGCAGGUUUCAGGACAGCUGAAAAGUCACAAGGAAGGGGGCCGGGCCGCGCUGCAGUGUCCGCAGGGCGCCAGGUGUGUGUCCUUGGGCCCGGGCGCAGAGUUUCGCAACGGCCGCCCGGGCCGGUCCGGCUGCGUGGCGUCCUCGGGAGCGGAGUUGAAUAACCGCCAAGCAGGCGGCGGUGGCUCUGCACUGCGGACGUGGACGCCCGCCAGCGGCAGCUCGACGCCACGCCGCGAGGUAAACAACGUGCUUUAUGGCCGCCCGCUGCCGGCCUCGCGUCGGGACAUCUUACGAGAGGGUGGCUACUUCGGGCCGUGGCAGACGUGCAAGGAGCUGCAGUACAACCGCGAGAUCUGCGGUAAAGACGUGUCCCGCUUCCACCCAGUCGAUGCUGUAUACUUCGCGGGGGUGGUGGCCGCAAUCGGCGUGGCGUCGCUGGGCGUCUUCUGCGUGAUGAGCGUGCUGCAGAUGGCGAUGGUGGCGUCCAAGGACCAGAUCUGCAUGCCCUACAGCGCCGUCGUCAUCGCCAAACUGGCGCUCGCUCUCCUUGCCACACUUCUGGCGAUUGCUGCUGCCGGACUGUUUGCCCUGCAAACAGACCGCAAAGACAGCUUCAGGGUCACCAGGGGGGAGUCAUUUUACAUACAGAUUGUUACAAUCGUGCUAGACUUCACUCUGUUUGUGCUAGCUCUGUAUGAUAUGAUCUUCACACGAAGAGCUGGAGGUGACCCAACAAUGACUAAUCAGGAUCCUAGAGGGGAUGCUGCCACUACUUUUAACAACCCAGGCUUCCGUGAAAGUCGAAAUAGAGCACCAAUUUCAAUGACAGAUGCAAGUGGAAAACCAUAUUCUCAGUCACCACCAAUUGCCAGUAAUGGUAGUGUGCAAUCAGUGACCACAACUUCAUCCAAUGGUUCCACCAUAGGUUCGGGACCAAGGAGCCCACUGAGGUCAAGUCUGAAGAAGCCAAGGCCCAAACAAGAUGGAAUGGGAAUUCAAAAUCCAGGGUUUAGUGGACACUCACCAACAUUUUCAAGAAAUGGAAGUGUUAAAAAGACAGUCCGCAUCCAAACACAUAGCACAGCAGUGUGAGUUAAUCAAUAUUAUGCAAAAAAGCAGAAUUUAUUUACACACAAUAAGGAAAACUGUCGCUGAAGACACUAAUGUGCUUAGCAAGCUGUGUUACACUUUUGAGACGUCUUAACUGAUUUUGAACAAAUGUGAUGACUUAACAGUGAUAGAUGUGAAAUGAUAAAUUUUGUAAUGACAAAUUUAAAUUUUCUGUAAUGUAAGCAAAGUUUUUGCAUGUCAACAUCCACAUAAAUUUUCAGUAUUAGCGCAUUUCCCAUUCUAUGUGUGACAUUGGUCUAGGAGUAAAAAGACAUUUUAUUUUUGUCAGUGUUUUUACAUUUCUGUAAAACUGCAACAUGCUGAAUACGUUAAAUUGUUUUCUUCAUGCCAAGCUUAUCUUUUCAUGAUUAUACAUACAAAUAUUUUCUAAUUUAACUAUUCCAGAAAAAUAUUGUAGCAUAUAUAUGAGACGCAUUUCUUCAGUGUAUUGUUUUCCAUUCAGUUAUAUUUGUAGCCCUUAAAUAAAUAAAAGUUCAGAUAAAAUAUUACUAAAAAGGAAACUGUAAGAAGUGGCAGUUCUGAGUAAAUGUUAGGGGCUGAUAUUAGCUCCUGGAGGAUAAAAAUCAUCCAUUCAUUAUGUUUAAAAGCAAAAGGCUCAUGUGUGAGAAAAUGUUGUGGAGCAUUAUUUUAGUACUUGUGGUCUUAUCAUAAUCAACUGAUAAUUUCUGUAAUACUAACACU